AUGUUGGCCCUCAAAUCGAUGAGGGUGCCGUCUUUGACCACCGAGCACGCGACAACAUUCCAAGAAUUGCCUUCUGAGAUAGUCGAUCUAAUUGCCAACGAACUCUAUGAUGGCGGCUUUGGCCUUGCUGAUGGGCUCCUGGCCUUCUCGCUCGUGUCUCGACAAUUUCGUCGCUCGGCCUUACCUUUCUUGUUCAGUAGCGUCACCCACGUCGUCAGGGAUCGUUUAGACCAGCAAGAACAUGGAGCCUUGCGACGCUUCCUCAGCCAUCCCCAUCUCUUGAGACACGUCAAGGACCUCCACAUUGCACGACCGGCCGAUAUACAUGGUUUUGUACCAUCGUUGGAUGCCGUCAGUGCUCGAUGCCUUGCAGAGGACCACAAGUCAGCCGACGUGCAAGUGAUACAGAACAGCCUGCCGUUGAUGACUCGUCUCCACCGCAUCAGAAUGGAUUGCUCUGCCGCCACAGCUCUCGAGAUACUCAAGCUGUUGCCGAUAGACCAUCUAUACGAAAUAAUCCUUGACCACAUCUAUACCUCGUCACAUUGGCCAACAUUGAUUGAGGCGAAUACCGAAUUAGCGACAUUCGCUCGGAAGCAUCGCCUGGCACUAGGCGCCUAUGGACUGCCCCCUCCACAACGCACCACAAAUAGCCAGGCCACAUAUGAUGCGAUAGCUCGGGCAGCUGCAGUAGAUCUGCACAUGGCUUGGUUACUCAAGGAUGACCGAAAGGCUCAGGGAUCUGCGCCAGCCCACAACGCUUGCAUACAAGAAACUCCCUCGUGGACGGAACUGCGGCUUUUGAUCAGACGCGCAUGUGGAACAACCACCUACUCCAUCCGGGAUCUCGAUUUGACGCUAGUACCCUGGACCAACCUUCGCAGACUUUCCAUCUUGUGGGAGUACGCCAUGCCGAUGAAUCAGUUCAUAUUCGACGUUGCCCCGAAACUUGGGAAUCUUGAGGCGCUGCGACUGCGUGCUGACCACCAAAGACUCUAUCAUCCGGCGUGCAAAUACGAUGUCCCCACCACGGGGCUCUAUGCCGAUACACCGACCGUGCCAGCAUUUGAGAUCGACUACACCCAAAUGAAGCGACUCCGGGAACUCGAGAUCGACGGUAUUUGCAACCAUGUUCCAAUCCAGGCACUGCUUGGGCCCAAACUCCGCUGUCUCCGUCUCCACCGCGAGGACACGUUGUGGUCGGUCUACAGUCCUGAAAGUCAGCGGUCUCCUUCCGACAUCAUCGCCGCGACCAAGAUCUGCCCCGACCUCGAGCGCCUCGAGCUGGAUAUCGGGUACAUCGAGAACCUGUGGCACCCGACCGCGAUCCCGGGGGUCGACGUGGACGUGGAGCAGUAUUCGUUCUUGAACGCCAUUUCCAGAUUCCGGCAUCUUCGCCACCUUCGUCUGUUCCCUCCGUUUGUCCCCAAAGAUUCUCCCCGUUUCAGCCGGAGCGUGCCGCACUGUGUCCCCGUCUCCGACGACCAGGCCAUCCGGGUGUUCGAGCAUCUCCGAACAGAGUGUCCGUCGUUGCAGAUCUUGUCCAUUGCCGCCAUCCCGUCCUUUGUCAUGAUCGACACCAUGUGCUGGGUGGUCAGACGGCGAGGUGAAAAGACCGUCUUGACCACGAAACAUCGGGAGAGAAAUUACCAGCAUCGACAGAUCUGGGUCGGCCAGCGACGAAUAAGCAGCGAGAUUAAACGCUUCACUGCUCCGCCUAGUUAUCUCCCUGAUCCAGAGGGGUGGAUGUUGACGCGUGACGAUUCUUAUGAAGGAGGACGCCGAUCGUUGAUGGAGUGA